CAAGUCGGCGCUAGACCAAGGUACUCAUAUCAACAAGUGCACUUUUGGAGUCAGUCUUCAUUCAGAUUUUGGCCAGUCUUUUGCGGGCUUAGGAGCGCCGAAUUAAAUCAACAAUGCCCGAGUCACAGUCACAGCCACAGCCACAAUCACAGAGCGAGACAUGGCACGAAGUCGUAUUGAGGCAGAAAUAUAACGAUCCCCUAAAGCUGAAGAACUCCCUCGACAGUAUGUAUGGCCAAGAUCGGUACAAAGUGAGGGUAAAAUCCGGUCGAUACAUCCUUCAACUUAAAUUACAGGAACCACCGCCCGAGGGCCAGAUAGCUGAAUUAGAAAGGGCAAUCAGUUUUCAUUAUAAAUAAGGGGUAGGGGAUAGGUAAACAGUAUUCGAAAAGGGGAUAUCAUGGCGUCAAGAAAGUGAUGUGCAACGCUAGCCAUGAAUGUUAGUUUGGCUGCUAGCAUCUGGAAUUCUUGGAACUUACUGGUGGGA